GUACAUUGUGAAUGGUAAUUUAAGAAGAAGAUACGCAAAACACUUGUACGCUUUUAAGCAAAAUUGAAAAUUCUUGGGCAAAGAUACAAUAUAUGAGUUAUACUGCUGAUGAUGGCAUUUCAUGUGGCACGCAACAAUGGGGAAUGGGGUGAACUGUUUAAUAUACCUCCGCAGGAAGAAAUCGAAGUAUACGUACACUUUGUGAACACAACAAAUCGAACUCUCGAUUUAUAUUGGGUACGCGAUCCGGAUACCCAAAAUAUACAAAUAACAUUAAAGCCGAAUCAAGGAGUGCCCGUAAAUACGUAUAAUACACACAUAUGGUUUUUUUGCGACUAUUACACGGGCGAACGUAUGCAUGUGCGGUCGAAGCGUUUAUUUUAUCCUAUACGCAUACGAGUGCCAAGGAAUCCCCAACAGCCGGAUGAGCUAUGUGACGUACGCAGCCAGGUUCUCAUCCAUUUUCCAUUGCGUUCGCUAAAAGAGAAUUGCUUGUGGCUAAUUGUGCGAUGGCUAAAACGUACCUGCAAUACUCCAGAGUUGCUCAUAAAUAAUUACUUAAUACCCGCGACGCUAAAGCAACAGUUGCUUCUUUUACUAAGGACUAUCAAUUCCUAUUACAGACAGGCGCAUCAAAGGAGAUUACGAAUGGCAAAUAGAAGAUAAAGGAAUCUUCGCAUAUAUUCACAUAUAAUUAUUUUAAGACUCAAUCUUAAGUUGUGCUGUGGGUAGUAAAAGCCAAGCUUGUUUUCUAAAU